AUGUCCACGAAGACCACAACUAGUACCCAAACACGUCUUCGCAGCGGUAGCAGUACCAAGAAUCUUCAGAUAGCCGGAUAUGAUCGCGGGCAAUCGAGGAUCGACAUUUUACAAACCACCGAGACGAAGCAACUCUGGCGAUCGAUCCUCGACGUCUUCUUGCCUAAUGGUUACCCGAACAGUGUCAGCGAUGACUACACAGCCUACCAAAUAUUCGACUCCUUCCAGGCCUUCGCUGGGAAGAUUGCCGGCAUGAUAGGCUCUCGAGCUGUCUGGCAACGCCUUGGUGUUGGCGACUCAGCAGCCUCGCCAACAGGUACCAUGCUUAUGCAGGUCAUUCGCAAAUGCAUGGGCAAACUUGCCACUAUCUUCUUUGCCCAUCGCAUGAGUACUUCCAUCGAAGCGGAGUGCAAAGCGUAUCGACUCGAGUCUGACCCUCUGACCGAGACCGCCAUUGUCAUUGACUGCAUGAUUCUUUGCAUCAGCAGCAUCCUCUUAUCAGCCGCUGGAGUCGCAGGUGGUGCAAGCAAAAGUUCCCUGAGCGGUCACUUCGCCAAAGGGAACAACCUAGGCGAACUGAACGCGAAGGAUGGCAGCCAAGAAACCGUUAUAUCUCCUGCAGGUAUGAUGACGGGCACUCUGGUCGUCUCGUGGCUCACAACACCUUUCCGGACAUGGUUUGCAUUGCUCUCGCUACUGGCUCUGCACUUCCUCAACCGCACUGGCGUACGAGCCGUAGAGAUGCGAUCCUUGAACCGGGAACGCGCCAACAUCACUUUCUCAUCCCUUCUGUCGGCCGACAAAGGCGAAGUUCAUCCCAGAACUGGCGCAAUGAACCUUCAAGGGGUUUCGCUAUCGGCUUUGUUGGAGCUCUUCCAAGGUGAGGAGUAUAUUUGGUGGCGCCAAACUCAAGCUCAGCCAAAGUCGUCGGAUGCCGUCGUUAUGGUGGUAUUGAAGGAAGGUGCUACUGCCCAAUCGCAGUUAAGGGCGUGGUAUCAUGGCCUCCUCCUUUCUCGGCAUGUGCACGACUUGGAUGAAAGCACUCAAAGGCAGCACACCAUGCUCGGGCACGUUGCUCGGACGCUGGCACAGGCAUCAGAGAUGUUUGAUGCGUAUGCAAAGAUGCUCACGGACGCUGGCUGGGAUUUAAGCAUUCCACUUCUCCAAACUUCGUCCGGUUCUAGGAUUAGGAUAGAGGCGGAGUAG